AUGAUCACCACAUUUGCCCAGAUUGGGGAUUGCCGCCAGGCGCUCGAGACGCUCGAGGGGAUGAUCCAAGCUCGCGUCCAGCCCAAUCCGGUGACCUUCGUUGCGGCGAUCACUGCGUCCUCCAGCAGGGAAUUUCUUGAUAUGGGCAGGAAGAUCCACGCCGCCGUGAUUGACCUGGGCCUCCACAGCAGCAUCACGAUCCAGAAUGCGCUCGUCUCGAUGUACGCGAAGGGUGACAGCACGGAGGAAGCUCUUGCGGUGUUCCAGAGGAUGGAAGAUCGCAACAGGGUCUCGUGGAACAGCAUGAUCGCGGCCUUUGCCGUGAGCGCACAGUCCUGCGCGGCGAUGGGCCUCUUCCACGGCAUGAACUUGGAAGGGAUCAAGCCCGACGACGUGAGCUUUCUGGGAGUUCUAAGUGCCUGCUCGAGCACUGGGUGCUUGCGAUCGUGCAAGCGGAUCCACUCGCAGCUGGAGCUCGCCGCGGUGCACUCUCCUCCGGAUUUGAGCGUGGAGAACUCGCUUGUCACUGCCUACGCCAAGUGUGGAGAUCUAGAGGCCGCCGAGAGGAUUUUUCAGAGAAUCCCAGGCAAGAACGUCGUGUCCUGGACGGCCAUGCUCACUGCUUACACCUUUCACGGCAAUGGAUCCAAAGCUCUCGAGCUCUACGACAAGAUGGUCGGGCAGUCGAUCCAGCCGGACAGCGUGGUGCUGCUCAACGUAAUCCACGCCGGAUCACUGGUCGGGGAUGUCGGCCUCCCGAGAAAGCUCCACGCUCGCGUUGCAUCCUCCAGCUUCAUGCUCAAGAUCCAGAUCCAGAAUGCGCUCAUCAACAUGUACGCGCGGUGCGGCAGCCUGGAGGAGGCAAGGCGGGUGUUUGAUAGGAUCGAGAGGAAGAACUUGGUGUCAUGGAACACGAUGAUGGGAUCUUAUGUGCAGCACGGAUACGACGAGGAAGCGAUCGCAUUGUUCUCGGAGAUGAAGGCUGGGAACUCGAGGACCAUGGAGUCGGGCUUGAGGAGCUCGGUUUCUGCGAGCUCGGACUCUAGUUUGCACACAAAAAGUGUGAAGAGCUCGGACUCCAGUAACACCUCGGCCUCCACCAUCUCGGACUCCAUUCUAAAGCCCGAUUGCAUCAUGGCCGUCAUUCUCCUGUGCGCUCAUGCCGGCCUGGGUAAGCUCACCGAGGGGCAGCGCAUCCACGCCGAGCUAUGCGCCGCGAAUCCGGAGAUUCUCGCAGGAUCCACGACCAACGUCACCUUGGGCAACGCGCUGGUUAGCAUGUACGCGCGCUGCAGCAGCAUGGGAGACGCCGCCGCACCUUCCACCGCAUGA